AUGAGUUGCGUGCCAUGGAAAGGUGACAAGACCAAAUUGGAAUCACCAGAGCCACCCCAGCUACCACCACUGCAUAUUUACCAUGAGAAGCAGCGUAGGGAGCUGUGUGCCCUCCAUGCCCUCAACAAUGUCUUCCAGGACAGCAACGCCUUCACUAGGGAAACCCUGCAGGAGAUUUUUCAGAGGCUGUCUCCCAACACCAUGGUGACGCCCCACAAGAAGAGCAUGCUGGGGAACGGAAACUAUGAUGUGAACGUGAUCAUGGCAGCGCUUCAGACCAAAGGCUACGAGGCGGUUUGGUGGGACAAGCGCAGGGAUGUUAACGUCAUUGCCCUGUCUAACGUGAUGGGCUUCAUCAUGAAUCUGCCCUCCAGCCUUUGCUGGGGCCCCUUGAAGCUCCCCCUCAAGCGACAGCACUGGAUCUGCGUCCGGGAGGUGGGAGGCACCUACUACAACCUCGACUCCAAACUCAAGGUGCCCGAGUGGAUUGGAGGUGAAAGUGAGCUCAGGAAAUUUUUGAAACACCAGCUGAGAGGAAAGAACUGUGAACUCCUGCUGGUGGUGCCAGAGGAGGUGGAAGCACAUCAGAGCUGGAGAGCUGAUGUGUGAUCCGGAUUGACUCUGUCCUCCCACUACAGCUCUUCCCCUUUACUGAACUCCCAACGUCCUGAAACCUGGAUAACGGGUGCCCUGACUCUUCUUGUCUGGAACUUCCUUUGUUAGGCUCUUCUCUUCCUUCCUUGGUGCAAUAGGGCAACGGUGUAGAACACUGGGGGUGGUGGGUGGGGAGGGACUGGGGGCAGAGCGGAGGAACCUGGAAGCCAGUCACUUUAACUGCGAAGGCGGAUGAGCUGCCUGCCCUUCUGCGCGCUGGAAGGCGUCGCGCUCUUUAAAACUGGGCUUUGGGGCGAGGGUGUCUGGAAGCCCCUGGCCUCCCUUUCCCCAUGUGGUCAAGGCUGUGUGUGUUGGGACACUGCUCCCUCCAGGGCUUGCUGGGCAGGAGCAGGGGCUGAGCACGCUGCUGCCUCUUCACAAGUCUCUCUUUCCAAAACAAGUUGUCCUGAAGACGUUUGCAAUUCCAAAGGGUCUCUCGGGACACUCAGACACUAGGAAUGGUACGGUGCUCAGCACAACCCUCUGCUUC